UGUAAACACAGUCAGAGGAGUCCAAAACCAGCUGCUGGAUCCUUUAGUCUUGUGUAAACACCAAAACUUAAUUUUUUCUUCUUCUUUUGCCUCGACUGGAUUAUUUCCAUUAUUAUCAUAAGAACUGGGACAACAGCGACACAUGGCGCUCCUGAGGUCAGGCUGGCUGUGGAGACAAACUUCUGUCUUAAAACGCUGGAAGCUGAACUGGUGUGACCUUUGGAUAGACGGGAGUCUUUGCUUCUAUAAGACUGACAGCAGGCGAGAGCUGGAGCACCGCGUCAGCCUCAAGACAGCAUGCGUGGACGUGAGGUCGGGCCUGGAGUGUCGAGGUGUGAGUCCACCGGAGAGCAAUCCCAGGGAGAAUCUCAUCGUGGUUCAGCUCACAAGCGGCUCAACAGUCAACCUGUGUGCUAACAGCGAGGAUGAAUCCAUAGCGUGGAAACUGACUCUGCUAGACACCAGGAGAAACCCGGUGUUCACAUACGACCCAUAUGACGACUUCUACCAAGCCGUCCCCAUCAACAGCUACCAUACUGUCUACAUCACACCUGGAGCAGGACCAGGAACCCACCAGGUGGUUGUUCAGAGGGACCCAUUUGAUGGAGUCUUCGAGCAUCUGGCUCUGGGAUUGCUGGCAGGCAUGGCAGCAGGGACAGCCAUGCGAUCCUUCCUCUGGAUGCCCUUCUUUUUCUGCUGAGAUCAUCUCCAUCACUGACAUGACGACACUGCGCAGCGACUGGGAGCCAAACAUCAGCACGAGUAGGAAGCCCCCGAAGAUGGAGUGAUCAUGUCUGCUGUAACAAGCUGCUUUUUCUGGUUGAUCUGUUUUUCUUAUGUGCACUUUUGCAUAUACGGCUUAAGAAGAUGAAGAGGACGCUACGUAAUUUAAUGUUCUCCCUGCUUGUACAUCAAACUGAAUCUAGCAUUUGCACAAGCCAGGAAGUCGAUUUUGUAUCCAACUCUUCUUUAAUCUGCU